UCCACGUCGGACUGGAUCAGAAUGAGCAGCAGGAUAAAAACAGUCAGCAAUAAGACAUUUACAAACCCUUAGGCAUUUCCCUCCGACAUUUCUCAAGACAUGCCCCUGCAACAUUUAUUUUCAGCAUCUUGAGAGACCGGAGCCCCUCCAGAGGAUCAGGAUGUCUUGGUUUGCUGAUCUUGCCGGGAAGGCAGAGGACUUGCUGAAUAAAGUGGACCAGGGUGCAGCGAGUGCUUUGGUCAAACAGUCAGCUAGCAAGUCCUCCCUCCCCUACAAUAGCACUGACACCACAGAUUCAAUACAGUACAACUCUGCAGAUUACAGCUCCACCCAUGACCAACAGCAAAAGGACUCCAUCUCCACCUCAUCCCAUGGCACCGCAGGGUUUAUAUCUGCAGCCGCUGGGAACAUAAAGAAAUCCAAAGCCACUGUUUUGGCUGGUACAGUGAAUGUCUCCAGCGUCACGCCUUUGGGCUCUAGCAGCAAGGCUUCGUCCAGCUUUGUGCGGCCCAAAAAGCCAGAAGUGGAUGAUGACUUGCUCUUUGACUUUCUGAACAGUUCAGAUCCACCUCAAAGCGAAAGAAAGGAGGUCAGGAGAGAAACGGUGUCUAAAGUGUUAGGCCCUGCAGGAGGAUUAAAUCAGGCCCAGGUGCCCCCCACUUUUGUUGCAGGUGAUCUCCAGAUGGGCCCUUCUGUCACAGCAACCCCAUCGUCCACACAGGGCCUUUCCAGAAAUUCCAGCAUUGGCUCCCUUUCUAACAGUUCUCACAGCAUUAAAACAGAGGACGGCUCCACGCGAGAUCACAGCAACGGUGAGGCUCCAGAGAGUCUGAAUUUAGAGAUGGAAGCUCCUGCAGAGCCCCAGACAGCACCGAUGAUCCCACCCCAAGACCAGCUGCAGCAGCAGGGCCAAGAGCAGGUGAUUUCCAGCCUUCGCCUUGAGAACCAGCUUUUGCGCAAUGAAGUCUCUUCUCUUAACCAGGAGAUGGCGUCUCUGAUCCAGAGAGCCAAAGAAAUGCAGGAGGAAGUGAAUCUUGCCCGAGGUCGUGCCGACAAAUGGAACUCGGACCAGUCUCGUGUUGAUCGCACAGUUCGGGAGCUGAGAUCGCAGGUUGAUGAUCUCACAGAAGCUCUGUCUGCGAAAGACGGUCAGCUAGCGGUACUAAAGGUGCGACUGGAUGAGGCAGAUCAGCUACUGAAAGCUCGAAGCUCGGCUCUUGAGGAAGCACAGAGCGAGAGAAUCAGGAUCAUCCAGGACCAAAGCGAGGGUAGCAGUCUUCAUUCUCAGGCUUUACAGACACUACAGGAACGAGCGAGAGAUGCAGAUGCUGCACUGAAGAGGGAGCAAGAGAGCUACAGACAGAUGCAGAAUGAGUUUGCGACACGGUUGUCGAAGGUGGAGGCAGAACGUCAGACGUUGGCCGAGUCGCUAACGAACGCAGAGCGCCGUGUGACGGACGAGAAACAGAGAGCUGAAGACUUUCAGCAACAGCUCAAGAGCGCACGCUCCACAUCAGAGUACGCCAAACAAGAGCUUCAGGACUACAAAAACAAAGCCUCGCGUAUAUUACAGUCAAAAGAGAAGCUGAUCAACAGUCUGAAGGAGGGCUCAGGUCUUGAGGUCAUGGAAGGAGCCGGGGCCAGUGUUGAACUUGAGGAGCUACGGCAUGAGAAAGAGCUGCAAAGAGAUGAGAUUCAAAAACUACAGGGCCAGAUACAAAGCUUACGAACAGAGAUACAGGAUCUGGAAACCCAAGCACUCACAGAGACAGAGAACUGGAGAGAACAACUGGCAGAAGUACAGGAACAACAAUCCCAGCACAUCAGAGCCAAACAGGAAAUAGAGGCUGAGUUGGAGAGAUGCAAACAGGAACUGCAGUACAUUGAGGAAGAGCAUCACCGCACUAAAAUCACCCUGCAGGGCCGUGUCAAAGAUCGGGAAGAUGAGAUCCAGAAGCUUAGAAACCAGCUGACCAAUAAGGCUCUGAGCAACAACAGUCAGGCAGAACUGGAGGGCCGUUUGCAUCAGUUGACAGAGACACUGAUUCAGAAGCAGACCAUGUUGGAAGCCCUGGGCACAGAGAAGAAUUCACUAGUCUUUCAGUUGGAAAGAUUGGAACAGCAACUGAAGAGCCUGCAGGGCGGUCAAAACAGUGGAUCACACAUUAACAUGGCUGCAGUAGAGGGACCAGGUACUAGGCAGAGAAACACACCAAUCCUGUUUAGUGAUGCAGAUGGCACUGGGACAGGAGUGUAUGGGAAGGUUCGUAAAGCGGCCAGCACCAUCGACCGUUUCAGUAUACGUCUUGGAAUCUUUCUUAGACGUUAUCCAAUGGCCAGGGUCUUUGUUAUUAUAUAUAUGGCACUACUUCACCUUUGGGUAAUGAUUGUCCUCUUAACAUAUACACCAGAGAUGCACCCUAAUCAUCCUGAUGGGAGAUAAAGGACUUUCUGAUAACACAUGAUAAAUGGUUACUGAUUAAUAAAGGUGAAAUUUUAGGAGAUUUUGGGCUGCUGUCUAGUGACAAAAUGCGCAUUUAUGUUUGAGACGAUACCUACAGUUUGCACAGACAUGCUAUGUUGGGCAGCUUUCUCCCUUGCUCACCUUUAAUCUUUCUCUCCCUCACAUUUGCUUGUUUUUUUAAUAAUUUUUUAUCUCUUUUCUGGCUUGGCCCAAUUACAUGCUUCCAGAAAAGUGAUGCGUGUUUGUUAAAAGCAGAAUAUAAUAUUUAAGGUGUAAUUUAAAUAUGUGGUUUUAUUCAAAUAAGAUUCUCCUUUCUUUUAUUCAUCUCUUACAUCAUGAAGAUUUAUUCAUUAUUUUUGUUACAGUAAACAACCGAUUGUAUUUCCUCAAACUGUAAAUCAGAUUUCUCUUAAUAAAUAUUAACAAGUACAACAUCA